AUGUUGAAGGUCCGUGACGCGAACCGUGGAAAACCUGCCAAAAGAACAUCAUCUUCGCAGCACCCAUAUAGUAGUUUCCUUUCCCAAGGAUCUGGAGGCUUAGUACCGGAUAUAGAUGAUGACGAUGACGGUGAUGAAAUAGGGUACGAGGACGAUGAGGACGAAUUCGGACUUCCAAGUGUUACCAACAUGCGACGACAACGGGCCAAACCAUCGCCGGGCUAUAGCCUUCCGGUGAAGUCAACCCAGUCCACUCCUGAACCAAGCAGCCAUGUAAAUGCUUCAAACCUGAUUCCCAGUAUGCGCAGCAUGCGCCUCCGAGCAAACAGUACAGACAUUGCAGAGGAACGGUCGAGUUUAACCUAUCCUACAGCAAAUAAAUCAGAGGGCAAGAUACUCCGGCCGCAGUAUAAAGACAUAUUGAAGGAUCCUGCAAACUCAUUGAAUUUAAUUAAUCACUCCCCGCCACCACCUGGAGCUAGUACAAAGGAGACAGAAGCUCAUUCUACUCGAAUAAGUCGAGUGAACAAGUUUAAACGGAUACUCCAAUCAAGUACCGUAUCGUUGCCUGAGCUCCGUGAUCUAGCUUGGUCGGGUAUCCCAGAAGAAGUCAGGGCAAUGACCUGGCAACUACUGCUCGGGUACUUGCCCGCGAACAGUGACCGUCGUGUGUCAACACUAGAGCGUAAGCGAAAGGAAUAUCUCGAUGGCGUACGGCAAGCCUUCGAGCGUAAUUCAUCCAUUGGUUCGAAAGCUGUGCCUGCUACCUCCUCAACUCCAAAUUUAGGUGGUGGGAGAGGGAUUGAUGAGGCAAUCUGGCAUCAAAUCAGUAUUGAUACCCCACGGACCAACCCUCACAUACCCCUUUAUGCCUACGAGGCAACACAACGGUCACUCGAACGAAUCCUCUAUGUUUGGGCAAUUCGACACCCUGCCAGUGGAUAUGUCCAAGGAAUAAAUGAUCUUGUCACUCCUUUCUGGCAGGUUUUCCUGGGCUCAUACAUUACGGAUUCUGAUAUCGAGCAAGGCAUGGAUCCUGGCCAGCUUCCGCAACCAGUGAUCAAUGCUGUAGAAGCAGACUCCUUUUGGUGCUUGACCAAACUUCUUGACGGCAUCCAAGAUAAUUAUAUUUAUGCACAGCCUGGGAUACACAGGCAAGUUAAUGCACUUCAUGACCUCACGAGACGCAUUGAUUUAGCAUUGACCAAACACCUCGAGAAUGAGGGAGUCGAGUUUAUGCAAUUCAGCUUUCGAUGGAUGAAUUGUCUACUUAUGCGGGAAAUCAGCAUCAAAAAUACAAUAAGGAUGUGGGAUACAUAUAUGGUAGCGUACCUUCGAAGAGCCUCAGACCCCAAACGACUGUGCUAA